CGUGGCAGCCGCUGGAGCCGCGGACGAGGAGCGAGGCCGGCCGCCGGGCACUUCCUGUGGAGGCCGCAGCGGGCGCGGGCGCCGACGGGCCGAGCGCCGAGCGAGCGAGCGAGCCGAGCGAGCCGAGCCUCCCGCCGCCGCCAUGGGCCAGAACGACCUGAUGGGCACGGCCGAGGACGUCGCCGACCAGUUCCUGCGGGUCACGAAGCAGUACCUGCCGCACGUGGCGCGCCUCUGCCUGAUCAGCACGUUCCUGGAGGACGGCGUCCGCAUGUGGUUCCAGUGGGGUGAGCAGCGCGACUACAUCGACACCACGUGGGGCUGUGGCUACGCGCUGGCCUCAGCCUUCGUGCUCCUCAACCUGCUGGGACAGCUGACCGGCUGCAUCCUGGUGCUGAGCAGAAACCUCGUGCAGUACGCCUGCUUCGGGCUCUUUGGAAUCAUAGCGCUGCAGACGAUUGCUUACAGCAUCCUGUGGGACUUGAAGUUUCUGAUGAGGAAUCUGGCCCUGGGAGGAGGCCUGCUGCUGCUGCUGGCGGAGUCGCGCUCCGAGGGGAAGAGCAUGUUCGCGGGCGUCCCCAGCAUGCGCGAGAGCUCGCCCAGGCAGUACAUGCAGCUCGGGGGCCGGGUCCUGCUGGUGCUCAUGUUCCUGACCCUGCUGCACUUCGACGCCGGCUUCUUCUCCAUUCUCCAGAACAUCGUGGGCACAGCUCUGAUGAUUUUAGUGGCCAUCGGUUUUAAAACCAAGCUGGCUGCUUUGACUCUUGUCGUCUGGCUGUUUGCCAUCAACGUGUACUUCAACGCCUUCUGGACCAUUCCUGUCUAUAAGCCCAUGCACGACUUCCUGAAGUACGACUUCUUCCAGACCAUGUCGGUGAUUGGAGGCUUGCUCCUGGUGGUGGCCCUGGGUCCUGGGGGCGUCUCCAUGGACGAGAAGAAGAAGGAGUGGUAACAGACCCCCUCCCUGCCUGGCUGAGACCCGCGGCCACCGAGGACUGGUUCGGGGCGGAUUGACAAAGCUGCCGGCGUGCACGUGUCCUCUCUCUCCCCUCCCUUGGUAAAGGCACAGAUGUUUUGAGAGUUUCUUUGCAGACACCUGAAAAUUGAUGGCUAAAUUUGCUCUGGACCCCUAACCUAGUAGCCGACUGUUGGAGCCGGCCGGCUGGCAGGCAGUAUUCCCCGCCCCUCCCCCUGCCAAGGCAAGGUCUCGGCUUCUCGGAGCGAGUGGUGGGCUCGGCCACGGCCACGGCCACGGCCUCCCGUCCUAGUUUGCUUCGGGGCUGCAGGUGGGGGCUUCCAGCUGUACUGUGAGCAGAUACAUUUGUGUAUCAUUCA